CACAUGACUGUUACCGUUGCUGGAUUCAGAUUUUCAACCAGGCACUGGCCCGUGUUUAGGUUCAGGUUUUACUCAUAAUCAAGAGGACGUCUGUGAGCAGCACGAUGGCCAACUCUGGGAUCCAGCUCCUGGGGUUCUUCAUGUCUCUGGUGGGUAUAGUGGCCCUCAUCAUCGGCACCAUCCUGCCACAGUGGAAGAUGUCAGCCUACAUCGGGGACAACAUCAUCACGGCGGUGGCCAUGUACCAGGGUCUGUGGAUGUCCUGCGCCUUCCACAGCACGGGUCAACUCCAAUGCAAGAUCUACGACUCCAUCCUGCAGCUGGGCAGUUCUCUGCAGGCCACUCGGGCUCUCAUGAUCGUGGGCAUCAUCGUGUCAGUGGCAGGACUGGGCGUGGCCUGCAUGGGGAUGAAGUGCACCACCUGUGGGGAAGGAGACAAAGUGCGAAAGUCCCGGGUCGCCAUGACUGGAGGAAUUAUCGUACUAGUGGGAGGACUCUCUGCGAUUGUGGCCUGCUCCUGGUUCGCUCACAACGUGAUCCGGGCCUUUUACAACCCGUACACACCUGUCAACACCAAGUUCGAGUUUGGAGCUGCCAUCUUCAUCGCUUGGGGCGGCUCCCUCCUGGACGUCCUGGGCGGAGCUAUGCUGGCUGCCUCAUGUCCCCGGAAAAAGCACGUGUCCAAGUACCCAACAGCGUCGGGACCACGCUCAGGCCCUCCUAGCAGCAACAAGGAAUAUGUCUAAACACAACCUGAAUUCCCCAAAAACUGAACUAAGACUUUUUUUACUCAAAUGCAAGCAUGUACUACACAAGCUCUCUAUUCGCAUCUUGACAUCAACUGUUUAUCACUGUCACCCUGCAACAGCAUUCACACGCAGUAGAAAAUUAUAUCCCGCUCAGUCCAGCGAGUCUGAUGACGGACCUGCAGACCGGACCAUGGACUCGGUCCAGAUGUUGCACUCGAGUGUCGGGCACCACAAGAGUUAUGAUUGUUCUCAAAAAUACACACCACAGAGAACAGACGUCCUCAAUCCAUUAUUUAUUUUGCUGGAGAGAAUUAGAAUCAGAGCUCAACAUAACUACAUUUUAUGUCCAUAAAUCACUGACCUGACUCCUUUUACAGUCGCAUGGGAUGACUUUCUUUCAGAACAUGCUGAGGGCGCAGGAUACUUGUUCUUAGAUAACAGGCUUAUGAUAGAAUUCAGUGGCUUCCUUAGCUAGCACGGAUGGGCCAAAAUGUAGAAGCAAUGUAUCUCAAUAUGGUUUUGAGUUUGCCUCAUCACAUCAGUCUCUUUUCAAAUGAACAUGGCUGCAGAGCCUCAGAAGGAAGCCGACCAUAUGACCCACUUACACACGUCUAUCCAGCGCAACAUGCUCCUUCCAAACAGAUGAGCAAUGACACUUCAUCACUGUGAACCGAGACAGAGCACCUCACCUGAUGUCAGCCAGUGUGUGAUGUUGAAACAUAAACCUGCAGCACCUAAUUCCAGAAGACUCCUUGUCUUGUUGCCGAGACGCUUGAGAUGCCCCGAGUGUGUAGAGAAGAAAAGACGUGUAUAUGUUCUUGCAAACACACAUACAUGUGUGUAUUCUAAACCAGGCGUUUCCUCCUGGUAAUACAGUUUCUAAUAUUAAAACGACUCACUCACAUGCACUAUUAGGAGUAGACUGUGUGAUAGUACAUUUAACAGAAGCUUGAGAACUGAUAACACCUCUGAAAAUAGUGUCCCCCAUCUACAUGUUACUCUUCAUGUUCCUCCUCCAGUUCCUCACCCCGAGACACUUCAGUUUCUAUUUAUUUUAUAAGAACGUGGUUUUGCAUCAUGGUUUGUUCAUAUGUUAUAGCUGUAAGUGUGUAUGAAAAACAAAUAAACAUUAG